CCCUUCCGUGUUCAUCCUGUGUGUUCUGAACUCCUUCUCAGGCUCUACUGAUAAUUUACUUCCACUGACCUGAGGGUAGAGAUGGCAACUUCAUCCCAUCAUGGAGCAGCUGCAGGAAGCCAGGCAGAGCAUGGAAGCUGUGAAACAUCAAUAGGACAGGGGGAAAGACCAAGUGCCAGCCGGAGUCAGGACAAUUUCAAGCAGAGCCAGGGAACACCCACACUGCAGCUCCUCCUGCUGGGGAAACAGGGCGCAGGGAAAAGCGCCACAGGAAACACCAUUCUGGGCAAAGUCGAGUUCGAGUCCAAGUUCAGUGAUUGUAUGGUAACCAAAAGGUGCCAGAGUAAGAGUGUGUUGGUAAGAGGGAAGCAGGCCAAUGUCAUUGAUACCCCGGAUCUUUUCUCCUCACUGAACUGUCCAGAGGUUAGGCAGCAGAACCUGCAGCAGUGCUUAGAGCACUUAGAUGAUGGUUCCCAUGUGCUGAUCCUGGUCAUUGCCAUUGGCCACUAUACAGAGGAGGACAGGAAGACCAUCGAGGGCAUCCAGGGUGAGUUUGGCCCUAAAGCAUACAGACACAUGAUUGUGGUCUUCACUCGGGAAGACGAGCUGGGUAAAGACUCGUUGCAGAACUACAUCGAAAGCAUGACGUCUCUGAAGGAAUUGAUUAACAACAUUGGAAGUCAACGAUGCUGUACUUUCAACAACAAGGCAGGCGAGAAGCAACGGAAAAUGCAGGUGUUCAAGCUUCUUGAUGCAAUUGAGCUUUUGAUGAUGGAACACCCUGGGCCAUAUUUUGAGCCCUUAAAAAUGGAAAGCAGUGGAGUUCAGGGUUGUGGCAAUGGAGUGAUAUUUGAAGAAGACAGUCUAUGUGGUUCAAAGAAGAGGCAGCCUCAGAUCACAGGACCUGAUUGUGAUAUAGAAAUGCCAGAGCUGAAGGUCCUUGUCAUGGGGAAGCGUGGUGUUGGGAAAAGUGCAGCAGGAAACAGCCUUCUGGGGAAGCAGGUUUUUAAGACUGAAUUCAGUGAGAAGCAGCAGGUCACCACGGCCUUUGCAUCCAACAGCAGGGUCUGGAAUGGGAAGAAAGUUGUGAUUAUUGAUUCUCCAGAUAUCUCAUCAUGGAAGCUUGAUGAAUCGAAAGUCAAGAAGCACUUUUCUCCAGGUCCCCACGCCUUUCUGCUGGUGAUACCCCUGGGUUCUUCUUUAAAGAGUGAUGACGAUGUGUUCAGCAUCAUCAAACGUAAUUUUGGAGAAAAAUUCACCAAGUUCACAAUUAUUCUCUUUACCAGGAAAGAAGAUGUUAGGGAUCAGGCUGUAGAUGAAUUUAUAAGGGAAAGUGAUAAUCUCUAUCAACUCACCCAGAAAUUUGAAGGAAGAUACGCAAUCUUCAACUACCGGGCAGCUGUGGAAGAGGAGCAGAGCCAGGUGGGCAAACUACUGGACCAAAUCAAGAGUAUGGUGCAGUGGAACAGCAACAAGCCUUGUGUCACCAGAGACAAAGAACUCUUAAACAUCAUCCUCUUGGGAACGAGUGGGGCUGGAAAGAGUGCAACCGGGAACACUAUCCUGGGGAGACCUGCCUUCUUCUCUCAGCUCAGAGCUCAGCCGGUCACCAGUAGAAGCCAGAGUGGCAAGAGGACACUGGACUGGCAGGAUAUUGUGGUUGUGGACACUCCAUCAUUCUUCCAGAUGCCUGGGACUGAAAAGGAUCCGUCCAGGUUAAAGGAGGAGCUCCAACGCUGUUUGUUUCUCUGCGAAGAAGGCAUGAGGAUUUUUGUCCUGGUACUCCAGCUGGGACGGUUCACCCAGGAAGAUGAGACAGUGGUGGAGCAACUGGAGGCCAGUUUUGAGGAAAACAUUAUGGAAAAUAUGAUUGUGCUGUUUACACGGAAGGAAGACCUAGGGGAUGGGGACCUGCAGGAUUAUACUAACAACACAAAGAACAAAGCCCUUAAAAGAUUACUUAAAAAGUGCAAGGGGCGAGUUUGUGCUUUUAAUAAUAAAGAAAUUGGUGAAGGCCAGAAGAACCAGGUUCAAGAUCUGUUGACAAUAGCCAAUGAGCUCAAAAAGAACCAUGAUGAGUAUUCAAAUUCAUGGGUGAAUCAAUUAAAAUCAAAAAUGGGCCAAAUUAUGGCAUUUAAAUAAGCUCAAGUGACCACUUUUAAGGCCUGGGACAAUUUAGGGAUGCCAUCAGACAGAGGUGGGGGUGAAUGAGAGGAGGAAGGAUUAGUGUGCUGAGUCCCCUCAAAGGCUGAGGAAUAAACGCAUCUCAUGAUGGAUGUAGAUAUUCGGGUAGAUAAAUUGUCCAGUUAGGCCAGGCAGAAGGGAACUAGAAGACAAAGAGAAUAAGGUAGAGAAUAUUGGAAAUGUUUAAAUAGAUUAAGGGUGAAAACCACUUCACCAGUGUAAGUUGGGUAGAGUGAGGAUUGUCACUGUUCCCAAGGCUCAGGUCAAUGUCAAGCUCAAUAAGAUAGUAUCCUGACGACCAGGGUAUU